UUCUGGCAUGAGGCGCGGCAAUUUGGAAUCAAGUCGAGCGUCGUGUCAUCGAUCGCCGCCUGUCUGGGAAAGCAACCGCGAUGGGCUCCGCUUAUGUCUCGAUAACUUUAUCGGCGUUCACUGACAGCUUAAAGUUAUUUAUCGACUAAUGCUGCGACAUUUCUACCUUUAUACUACGACGUGAACGGCAACAGCUUCAAGUUAAGCUUGUGUUAGUGAGUGAGCAGAAUGCAGAGCGGUACCUUGCAUUGUGAGGAGCAGCUGAGGUCCACACUCUGCUGCGACGACAAGGACAAUCUAAAGCGAAAGUUGGACCAGCUCCGGCAGGAGUAUCUCAAGAUUGCCCAGAAACUGCAGCGUGCCGAGCAACUGGAGGGAGUGCGGAAACACGUGAGAAAUGAUGGUGCUCCGACCCGCCGCUGCCAGGACCAGCCAGGCCCAGACGGGGCGUCAAAGUCGACUGCUGGAGCAAGUCCCGCCCACUCCAGCUAUAGCGGCACGGACAGGACUUUGGUCGCGUCUACGCCCAGACUGAAAGCGAAUGGCAGCGACACGCUCGGCGCUUCCAGAGCCAGUCCGACCUUGCGCCUGCGCUCCCGCCGCAGCCGCCUGCGCUGGCAGAGGCGCAGCCAGGAAGCGGGAACCUCGCAAGACGAGGCGAGGUUCGUCGGCGAAAGCCAAAGCUCGGACUCGCCGUCGCCCUCUCUGCUGCUGUCGCAUUGGAGCCUUCCGUCACGCCAGGAUGACAAACAAGACGGCGGGAGGGAAGCGGACGUGCCGGAUGACCUCAAUGGAACUGACAAUGGCUCAGGAGGAGAUGGAGGACACCUUAGGCUUGAGGAGAAAACUCUUGUCAACUCGCCUCGUUUAUGCAGUGGAGAAACGAGAGGGGGAGACGAAGGAGAGCGCCGGCCGGAGUCCUGCACCUUGGUAGAGGGACUACCUUUCCCCGUGGAGUACUAUGUGCGCACAACCAGACGCAUGACUCGAUCGCAGAGCCAGCCGGACCUGCGGGCCGUCAUCCAUACCCAGCUGAGCUCGGGGCGACCUCGCCGGAAGCGAGCCGGCGCCAUGAACGUCAGGGACGUCGCCGCGGAGCCCGUUACUCACCCUCGAGUUGCUGGUUCGCGGAGGGGUCGGAAGAGCCGGAGGGGGCGGGGCAGGGGGAGACCUUUGCUUUCUACUGGCCUGUGUCACCAUGAGGCGGACUCCCACCCGAGGCUGGAAGAGCCAGCUCCCGAUGAAGGCCAGAUGGUAUUCCCACCGUCCGCCCCGCAGGAGCCGGUCACCCCACUGGCUUCAAGUUCUGAGAGCUGGCGUUGCCUUCUCCUCCCCACUCCCAAACUCACCCCGACGCCACCACUUCCUCCCCUCACGCAACUGGUGGGCCACCUGCCGCACUUUGUCCUCCAUCGGGACUUCCACUUGCCCGACGAGCACUUUGCCUCCCUGAAGCUCGACAAACUCCGCCGGGUGGCCGCGGAAUCCGGGAUGGAAGCUUUCGCGAUGCCGCGGCGCAGCGCAACUCCGGCGACGGCUCUCGGGGCGCCGCUCCACUUCAAAUCUGCGAAAUCGUCCGACCUUUCAGAUGACGAUGACCCCAAAAAUACGGACAUGCGACUCCCACAUCCUGACCCUGACGACACAUGUCUGAGUCCAGCGGAACGACAACCGAAAGGUUCGGAACGCCAUCGGGACGCCAUUCUCUCCUGUGAUGCCCCCCUACUGCUAGACCAGGAGGACAACAGGCAUCAAGAGUUUUUUUCCCCCAAAGCGGUCCAAAACAGCCACAGUACCCAGUCUGGGCUGCAACUGAGCCCUCCGGAGGCCUCCGCCCCACUGCACCCCAUGUCGCCCGCCCUCCCCUCCAGCCCGGAGCCGCCCUCGCUGGGGCUCCCCCCGCUCGCUGCAUCGCCCGUGGCUGCCGUCACCCCUUCGCUCAGCCCCUCGUCCCCGCUUUGCCGCCCCCCGGCCUUCUCCCCUGCGAUUGGGUGCUCCCGACCGCCGGCGCUUGACCCCCAAAUGGCGGUGGGGGGUCACGGAAGCUGCACGCUAAAGGCCCCAGCAGGAGGCGCUCUGGUGGACGCCUGCUGCCUGUCGGACUCAGACGGCCACUUGUGCGUCGUCGCGGCCGGAAAGUGGGCGGCGUCUUGGUGGAGUCGGGCGCCGUCGUGCUCUUGGGCACGACGACACGUGUGGUCCUUCACCCAACCAUUGUUGAAUGUGUUUCCCGUCCCGGGCGGCGCCGGCUUGGUGUGUGUGACUCUCGGUGAGCUGGAGAUCAAUGAAGUGAGGGUGCUGUCGUGCGGCGGCGGCGAGCCGGCGGCGCUCCUCCGCGGCGACGUGCAGGCGGCGGCGGGCGUGGCCGAGUCCCGGGUGGUCACCUCCUCCCGCUCGAACAUGGGCUGGACGCUGCAGGCCUUCACGCUGGCCAGCGAUGGCAGCGCCUCCCACUGCGUCCAUCUCGCCACGCCUGACAUUUGCGUUCGGGCCUUGGCCCCGGUCGACGUGCUGCCCGACGCUCUGAUCGGCACCGACGAGAGAGGGCGACUCUUUGUCUGGAAUUUGAAGAAUGGACACUUGCUGCAGAAAGUCCAACUGGAUGCCAGUUUAUCGCACACGACCUGUUUGAGAGGAUUUUCCUGCCGCGGUGUGCUGUUAGUCCUCCUGCAGCAUCUGUUUGCGGACUGCCCACACGCGAGGCAAAACAGCACCAACGAUGAAACGUUCCCCAAUCAAAGAGAAAAGAAGAAGCCGGCACUUUUUUCCAUGCUCGCGGUGAACCCUCUCAGUGGCAAAAGCAUCCUUGCCGCCCCUUUGGAGACGCCCGCGUCCUGGUCGGGAAGCAGGCUGGGCGAAGCAGACGCCAGCGACGCGGCGGCGGUGGCCACGAAUCAGAGUGGCUGCGUGUGUGUGUGGUCCCUGAGGCGGCGGCACGAGGGCGUCACGGUGAAAGCGGCCCCCGACGGCGAGGGCUGGCAGCUAGCCCGCUGGGCGGAGGACGGCGCCACGCUGGUGACGGGCCACGGCAACGGCGACGUCACCUUGCACUUUGACCUUGCCGCUCAGGACCAUUUUAUGUGAUUUGGAUGAUUGCUGCUCGUUUUAGAGCGCUAGUCUCACACUCACUGAACUGGACUCUUUUUCUAAUUUUAUUACAAUGCGUCCGACUUUGUUGCUAAUAUCUGUUCAAAAAAAAGGUUCUGUAAUUUGCAUUAAACUUGUCAAUUUUGUAAAUAAU